GUCUUCGGUAAAACCGUCGAAUUUCCACUAAUUUCGAGCCGAAACAUAACUGGCGUUUUCAACAGAAGACAUUUGGAAUGUCAAGUUCUUGAAAAUCUACGCCUAUUGGGUGUGUAACGAUAGGAUACUCGACACAUUGACGGGGAAUUCCCAGUGCGUAGCUGCAUGUCGUAGCUAUGCCACGUCAAAAACAAUCCAAACCUAAACGUCUCGAAGAGCAAAGAGCAAAGGUCACAGGUCUGAUCCAAGAUAAGGAUGAAGUUAAGUCAGGUAACGGGAAAGAUGAUGUUGAAAAACCUGCAAAAAAAGCCAGGUUGGACAUGGGUAAAAAGACUAACAAAAGGAAAGCUAAGAAAAGCGAGUCGGUGAGAACAACAAGAUGCAAAGCUGUUAAAAAGAGACUUAAAUUAAAAUUAAAAGAACGGACACAGCCACAGAGAAUUGCAGUGACUGCUAGGAACAAUGAAAAAUUGUCAAAUAAAUCGCAGGGAUCGACCAAAAGUGAGGUGGCAACUGUUGAUGAUGAUUCAGUUAUCGAUAAAUAUGACUUGAUUAAAUCUCAUAACUCUAGAUCUGCCAAGCUGUCAAAAACUAAGGAUAGUCCAGUUAAAACAACAGAGCAGAGUCCUCCGGCACCAUCACUUGAGAGACAUAGGUCCAUGAGAGAAUGUAGGGUUGGGAAUAAUUCUGAUACUGAAAUGCCCAUCCUAGAGCCAGUUGAUGCUGAAAAGAAAGAUGCAGAGAACUCUAUGAAGGGUGUAAAAGAGGAGCAUGUUGAAGGGGGGAAAACAACUACAGAAAAUAUGACUGCACAUGAAGCAUUGUCCAGAAAGUUUGCUUUAGAGGCAUUGCUGCAGAUAACACACACUGAACUGCAUACUUUGUCUGCACAAGAGCAAGAGGAACAGUUGUCACGCCAACGCAUUGCUCAUCGUCAACAACAUUUGUUGCAACAACGACAACUGAUGAUUCAACAACACCAACACCAACAGCAGCAGCAGCAGCAGCAACAACAACAACAACAACAUCAGCAAAACAUGCAGCAAGAGGAACACGUUUGUGGCAACGUGGAGGAAAAUGCUGAAUCAGAAAAUUCAGCUGCUACAGGUAGAUCAUUUGUGAAAGUCUCUGAUAGUGAUAAAGGUAUUGUGAAAUACCAACUGAAAUCAGAAACUCUGGAGGAGCAAGGGUUAAAACUUGUGUAUACUGCACAAACAGGUGAUCAAAUCGAACACAAUCCAAUAAGCUAUGGAGCUUAUCGACCAAGAAAAUCAAGUAAGCCAUUGGAUCCAAUGAGAGAGGUGCUGAAAAAAGACAACAAACCACCUAAAAAACCAGGCAGACACAUUUGUCAGUUUUGUGGGAGAGGAUGUGCUAAGCCAAGUGUUCUAAAGAAGCAUAUUCGCUCUCACACAAAUGAGAGACCUUAUCCUUGUAAUAUAUGUGGGUUUGCCUUCAAGACAAAAAGCAACUUGUACAAACACAAGAAGUCACAUGCACAUGCAAUCAAGGCUGGACUUGCACCAAACUUGGAUGAAGCUACUAAAAUAAUUGAUUACCCUGACAACAUUGAUGAUUCAGAUGGAAGCAGUGACGACGAAGAUGAUAGUGGCACUGAAGGUAGUCCGGAAAGUAGUCAUUCACAUUCACAACUGAGACGAUCUGAAUGUGAAUAUGAUGACCAAGUGUGUGAGAAUCUUAUCUCAUCAAGUCCGUCUUACAGACACUAUGUUCCUGCUCAUUGUAUUCCAGAACGUGCAGUUCCUGUCUAUCUCAUGCCUGUAGCCAUGCAACAGGAUGGAAAAUUUAUAUAUGAUACAAGUAUUCCAAGUAUAAUGGGAAAGGAAAGGAAUGAUGAUGUUAGGACAGGUAUGAUGCAAAGAUGUUAUCCUUCGCAAGCUGUUGUUCCUAAUGUGAAAUAUUCUGAUGUUGUGAUGACCAAACAGAAUGAAGGUUCAACUGAAGUUCAAAAAGAGAACCCUGAAACCACACAAGAAACAAAAGAAUGUGAUGAUGUUUCUGAGAAUCAUGAAUCUGAACAGCCUUUAUCAUCCUCUGAUAGGGGUUCUUUUCAUCAUGAGAACGUUGCUGGAUUUCAAAUUGAUAUGCAAACUGGUAAAGCAGUGCCUGUGACCCAUAAUCUUACUCCCCAGCCUACCUUACCUACAGCUGGAAAACUCAGUACAUCAGAGGUUUCCAGUCCAGGAUCAGGUGUUGCCACACCCACAACCCCAAAAAGUAUUGAUAGACAAAGCCUUCAUGAGCGGAUUAAGCGGUUAAUCUCACAGAAUGAAGCAAUUGUGGAUAAUCCAAUGUUAGAAAGUGUCAAACCUCGUAGAAUGUCUGGUCCAAGAAGAGAAAGCACUGACAACAUAAUUAUAACCACUGAACGUGGAGACGGAACUGUUUCAGUGACAACAAAAGGGAAGAGCAGAACUGGUGAAAAUGCUGUGAAAGAUGGGAGAAGUUUCAGUUCAGAGUCUCCUUUGUCGUCAAUUAAGGAAGGCAAACCAAAGAAGGAAAGGAAGAAAAGAGAGAGAAAGCCUAAAGUUGCUGAGCCUGUUUUGCCAGUAACUCCUCUCUUUGACAGCAAACUUGCUGAAGAGAUGCAAAGACAUAUGUCAGAGGCAUUAAUGCCUGGAAAGAAAGAUGUCAUCAGGAGCAUAUUAAUGCAAGGAAGGGAAGAGCCCUCACCACAGGCUUUUGUUCCGCCUAUUGCUGCUGUUCCAGAGUCAAACACAAUACAUGAACAAAUGCAACUGCAUCAUAAUUUACAACCAACAAGUACGAUUCAAGUGAUGGAUCAAGAACAUCAAAGUAACACUCUGAUUAUUUCUCCACAAGAACAUUAUUCUACAAUUUCCCAGGAAGGUGAAUUUCACCAAUCUAACUUGCCUUCUCCUGGAAGAGAAACUAAAAAGAUUAAAAAACAAAGGCGGUCACGUAAGGAGAAAAAACAUGCAGUGGACAUUUCACCAGUCAGUGAAAUAGCAAAAAAUGCAUCUGAUCAUUUUCAAGAAGCACAUCUUGAAUUGUUGGUCAAGGUUAAAAAUAGAGCAGGACAGAAUAUUGCGGCAAAAUCUUCAGCUCAGGAAAUCUCAGUGAUUCAGCAUACUAAUACCGCUCUUACAAAGAACUCUGAUUAUUCCAUAUCAACUGAAAAUCCCUUACAUAUUGAUCCAGAAUCUUCAGCGACUAUUAAACCAUCCUCCACAAGUAGUGCCUACUUGCAGCCUGUUGAUAGUACAGUGCAGGAAAGUUCACCAUCAGCUUUGCCAAUAUUGAAAUUAUAUGAAAUGGCAGGAACUAAGAUAGAAAAGGCUAAUCAUGUCAAAUGCACGAAACAUUCUGAAAGUUUACUGGUUCCUGAACACAAAGCCUCUGUAUCUGAAAAUAAUACAGAGGUUGCAUCAAAGGAGUGUUCAUUGGAGAUUCACUCCAAGCAGAAAUUGUCAGACGAGUUCAAUAAACAUAAAAUAUGUUCUGAGGCUGAACCUUUAAUUACAGACUACUCCAGAUUACAACCUUUAAAUAUCUCAAAACCUUCUCUAUCGUCUGAAACCAUUACAGUAACAAGCCUAUCUUGGUCAGGCAUCACAAAUUAUUCAACUGCACAGAUGCAAGUGCAGUCACCUAAAAUUACUGACUAUUCACAAAUUCCUCCACUUCCUGAAGAUUUUGUUUAUAAACUUUCAUAUAAGCCACCUAUGGUCAGUUGUUCUUCACCUUUGACAUCAAGAGGAUUGAAACGCAGCAUAUCACUAGAGUCAACAUUGGCGCCAACACAGAAAAUAAGGUCCAAAUUGGAAAUUCCAGUUUCUUCUGCACUUGCUAAAGAGUUGUCAGCAUCGUCACAUCUUGCAUUGUCAUCGGUAGUGUCAUCCCCUUCAAUUCCAAUCCCAUUAGUUGUUUCACCUCGACAAUUGUCAAGCAGUCAGGGCAUAGCAGCUUCAACGAUAUCACCUACAAAUGUUAUUUCAGGACAAAUACUUAGCAUAUCCCCUGUAAAACCUGCUUCACCAUUAGGAGGGCCUGUGCCACCUAAACUACUAGUUCUCAGACCUAGCGAACCUAUUUCAGUAACUGCACAGAAAGUUGUUAUGCCUGGAACGCCAGUUGGAGCGAUUGUACUUGCUCAUGUUCCAUAUACUAAUUCUCCUGCUACAUUGGAAGCCAUGUCACAUGUAACAUUCUGCUGUUUACAGAGGCCACAGCCAAUGUAUGUUGUACAAGGAGCUAACCAUGCCAUCUCAAUGUACUCAAAUUGGAGAGUCAGUCAUCAAAACACUAAUCCUUUAGGGAUGCCAACGAAGGUCCUUUUGUCACUGUAUAACACAUCAAAACGAAGACGGAAUGGACCUUUCUAUGUCAGUGCAGCAAUCACACCAAAGGGUGUUGGGAAUUUGACUCAUUCAAGCCUUUGGAACUAUGAUUAUAAUGUCAAGAGCCUGGAACAAACUGUCAAAACAGAAGUUAAAACUACCAGCACUACUCCAACGUCAGACAUUGACAAUUCUGAAAACAAAGAGGAACCUCAUACUAAGGACCAUUAUACCAAAGAAUCCUUGAUGCAAGAACUCAUUGAACAAAAAAUUAAGGAAAGGAAAAUGAAGGAGUUGAUUGAAAAAACAGAGCCUAGUCGAAUACCCAUUUUCAGAGGUGGCUACAAAUCAAAUGAGGAAUACAUCUAUGUCAGAGGCAGAGGGCGUGGGAAAUAUGUUUGCGAAGAGUGUGGGAUCAGAUGCAAGAAACCUAGCAUGUUAAAGAAACACAUUCGGACCCAUACUGAUCUGAGACCUUAUCACUGUAACUUCUGUAACUUUUCCUUCAAGACGAAGGGCAACCUAACUAAACAUAUGAAGUCCAAAGCUCACAACAAAAAGUGCCUUGAAAAUGGUGUAACUGUCACAGAAGUGGACGGAGAAGCAGUGUAUGAUGACCGUGUCAUUUCCAGACUAAGUCUGUCUGAUGAUAAAAUUGAGGACCAUCAGUUCUCGGAUGAUGAUGAUGAAGGUACUGAUUCUGCAGAAUCUGAUUCGGAUGGUGAACACGAUGACAACUAUUCAGAACAACCAAUGGAAAUUGACUCCUCUUCAUCUGAUUCAUUAUCGGCUAAACUCAAAAUUGAUCAUGAACCAACCCAUGUUGCUAUGGCUAAGCCAGAUGGAUCUGAUCCUGAUAUCAAGGAACUAACAAUUAAUCCAUCAUGUGAAUAUACUGCACCAUGUUCUCAGAUUACGCCAACUUUGGAGCAGUCUAUAGCCACAACUAAAAUUGUAGCUGGGCAUAACUUUGGACAAGUGCAGAUGCAGAUGCCAUUAAUGGCACUAAGCACAGAUGCUGUUCAUGAUAUUGGAGAAAUAAAAAUACCAGGAGCAAUUGAUAAUACCAAAAAAGACAGUGGCAGACUAUGUGACUUGAUUGUUGCAUUAAAAACUAGGACUAAAACUCCUGAAAAACAACCUGGGGACAAAGAAGCACUGCCAGAAGCCGACAAGGAGCCAGUGAAAGAACGAAAACUUACAAAGUCUGAAGUUGUUGGGAAGCUUUCUCAGCAUCUCAGCAACAAAUAUCAACAAAAUUUACAAAAACAAAUGGCUGAUAGACAGAUGAUUCAACAACUACUUCAGCAAAAACAGCAACAGGAUCCUUCUCUGAGUGAUACAAGGUGGCUAACAAACUUUACAAGCUCUGGCUACUCAUCUACAGCAGUGGUGCUGACGCCACAAAAAGGUUCAAAUGCAUCAGCAAAUCCUCUUCCAAUUCUAGAUAAAUAUGGGCACAUUACCCCUCCUUUACCUUAUCUAUCUAAUAUGUAUGCUUACAGAGUUUCCACAAGAGUUAAUGACUCAACAUUUGGUCAAUCACAGAUUGAAUCAGAACUUAUACAACCAACACCAGUUACCGUGUUGCCAGAAGCAAUGUCUACGAUUACAUUGCCUUCUGUAGUUACUUCAACCGUAUUUCCUUCAACUGAAGAAAAUAAUCCUGACAUUAAAAACAGCGUAAGCUCAAGUGCGGUAAAAUCUCAACUCUCGAUGCCCAUGGCAUCUCUCAGUAAUUUUGCACUUUUCCCAACCAGCAGUGGAUUGUCAUCACAGUCAGCAUCAGAUCACUCAAAGAUGUUGUACACUUCAGCAUCUGGGACACAAACAACUUUGGUAUCAAGUGCAACUGUGGCUAUAGGCACCAGUAAUCUUAAGCUGAAGAUACCAUCUCCUGCUGCUAAUGUGGAUGGGGGGAUUAUGAAAACAGGAGGCUCGACAAUUACAUCCCUUUUGAACUUGCCUGUUGCUCCAGUUCUCUCGUCAGUUCCACAGUUACCACACAGCAUGAAAUUGAAAUCUCCUUUGCAAACUAUCUCAUCAGUUUGUGUUAAUCCAGUCAGUUCAGUUACACAGACACCCAGUUCUGUGUCCGGGUUUCUUCCCAGCAUGUCAAAAGUAAUUGUACAACCUGUCAACACUAGCUCAGAUGCUACUCAAUCACUUGGCAUUGGAUCAACCACUGUAGCACAUUCCAGCUUCUCACCAUCAUCUUUCAGUUUCUCAGAAGCAUCAAAGCCGGUAAAUUAUCCCCACACACUGUUUAACUUAACACAAACCAGCACAACAGCAACACCUCAAUUCAGCAUCCCACAGCCUGUGUUCAGCUUCUCUAGAUCGGCAACCAACAUUUCACAACCAACAUUUAGAAUAACUGGAGUCAACACAUCAAGCAGUACUCUACAGUCCUUACUCAGUGUUGCUGGGAUGAAUGCACCAGUGCCUCAAAGCAGUUUCGCACAAUCUAUGCUGAGUUUUACUGGUAUAUCCACACAAGCAAACAUUCCCCCAUCUCUAUUAACCUUGAGUGGGAAUGGAACUAAUUUCAAACCCAACAAUGUAUCAACACAUAAUCCACCGGUUAUGACACCAACUGGAUUUUCCAUUCCCAGUUCCUCCCCAAGGCUGUUUCCUCAUGGUGAAGUUCCAUUGGCACCAGCAUCACCAGUUAUCUCAUCACCUCGGCCCAGAUCUCGUAGGAAAAGUUCUACAAAAGAAGAACAAAGGAAAAGUGCAUCUCCAGAAAUUGUGGGUGGAUCACUUUAUCACAUGAUCCCUGAACGUGGGAGAGUGACUGUUAAGAUGGAGCAUGCAGACAUAGAUGCUCGUAUUCACCAUGAAACUAUCGCUCAAUUAAGAAUUCCAAAUAUGUCACCACAUUUGGAAAGCACUCUGGGAGCCAAUGAGCUGUCACCAGCAAGUUCUGUUAAUAUGCCACCUGUUAAUCCAACUUCACAAGCAUCAGUGAGGUCAAAGGUCCCACCUCCACAGUGUGAGCCAAUAUCAGACGAUGAAGUAUUUGAUGAAAACAAUGAUGGAUAUACUCCAAAAGAAAACAAAUUGCAGGAAAUUAAUUACACCUCCAAAGUUAGAACAUCACCAAAUCAAACCAAGUCUUUGCCGGCAACUACCCAAGUAGCUUCUGCCAUGCCUGUGAAAAAAUUGUUUACCACUGGAUCUAUGUCUGUUAUCCCACCUCAUGUACCUCUAACAACGGAUCCAAGAAUGGUACAACCACUGCAUUUUUCCAGUUUACCUCACUCAUGUUCUAUUAAACAGUUACUGUUGUCACGACCUCCACCUCGUCAACUGAGCCCGGAGGAAGCAUUACCAGGACGCUUCCCAAGUACAAGUCAUCAGGCAGAGGCUAUGUCUGCUGGACAAUCAGUGCAUGGAUUUGGAUACCCUAGAAUGUUUGGAUCUGAUAAAGGGGGAAAUUUCUCAACAAUGCCACGAACAUCAUCACCAAAACUGCAUGUUGCAGAAACAGACGAAUCGUCAAAGGAUACUCCUGCAAACAGUGGACUUAAAUGCAAUGUCUGUUUUCGGGACUUCUUGAAGCCAAGUCAGCUUCGGAUUCAUAUGAGAAUACAUGCUGAUGACCGACCUUUCACUUGUCGGGAAUGCUGCAUUUCAUUUCGUACAAAAGGUCAUUUACAGAAACAUGAACGAUCGCAGUCUCACUUGUCAAAAGUGGAAGCUGUGGAAUUGCCUUCAUCGGAUUGUCAGGACCCAAGACCCUUCAAAUGCAAAGAAUGUACAAUUGCUUUCAGAAUCCCAGGACACUUGGCUAAACAUCUACGAUCCAAGUUACAUUUGAAUGCUUUAGAUAGACAAGGAAAGGGUAAUACAAAACUAGACGAGGAUGAUGACGAUAAAAGUCACUGUUCAGAUUCAGAUUUAUUGGUGUUGAGUCCGGGAGAAUAUUCGGACAAAUCGAUUAUUAGUCCCGAAAUUGAGUUUGUAGAAAGUAGGACAGAAAUAGCACGUUCCAGCAUCAGUAGUGAAAAAACAGAGACUGAUGAAGUGAAAUGUGAGACAGAUAAGGAGAGCCAGGCAAGUCAUGAGAAAUUAGUUAAUGAAAGUGUGCCUUCUGCUGUGCCUAGUCCUACUGCAGUGCAGCACCAAGAAAAACAUUCAACAGUCUCUCAGAGACCUGCUAAUACCUAAGCUAUAUAAAUAGUGCCUGCCAUUGCAGCUGUGUGUUUUAAAACUCUGUGCAUUUCUAAAUUACCUUAUAAUUGAUUGAUUUUGCUUGAUGACAUUUUCUCUACGAGUUCAAUCAGUUGCUUUUGUAUACUCAACGUGGUAAAGAAAAGAGAAUUUUUCCAGAUAGAAUUUUUUUUAUUUAACACAGAAUAUGGUUUUAAAUAUCAGAUGUAUAGCAAUGUCGCUUAAUUCCUCUUAGCUGAUCUUGCAUUCUUAGGUUCAUUGUAACUUUUGAAUGAUACUCCCACCACGCAAAAUUUCACAGGAAGCAACUUUGCUAUUUUCUCCAAAAAAGGUUAAAGGAAAAGUCAAGUCUAACAACUUAAUAA